AACCGGAGGGGGUGGGAAUUCUGCCCAGCACCCCAUGUCUUUGCAGGUGAGGAGGGAGCAGGAGAGGCAAGCCCAGAUUCCGGAUUGCCUUCGAAGUCACUGUCCCGGCCAUGCCCGCCCCGCUGCUCCCGCUCCUGCUUCGAAUGCUGCUGUCCCGCCUGCUGCUGCCCGCCGCCCGCCUGGCCCGCCAGCACCUCCUGCCCCUGCUGCGUCGAUUGGCCCGCCGCCUGGGCUCCCAGGACUUGCGUGAGGCUUUGCUGAGCUGCCUGUUGUUCAUCCUCAGCCAGAGACACCAGCCAGACACCGGAGAGGCCUCCAGAGUGGCCCGCCCUGAGAGGAGGGAGAGGUUAGCCCCCCAAAAAUGAGGCCACGAGUCCUGCUAGCAGCAGGGACGAACUGCUUUCUUGUGGAGUACGACGGUCCUGGCACCAUCACUGACCGAGGCCUGCCCAGUGGGCAUUAGCCGGGGUUCGGGACUGAGCAUGAGACGCCUCUGAACAAGCCUGCCUCCCGGCCCCAGCAGCAAUGACUGGCACCAGGCCCCCCAUCUAGCAGAAAACUGGUCUUCACCUCCUCCCUGCACCCCUCAGGGCCUCUCCUCAUCACCGGGGGCCUCCGCAGGGCAAGGAGCAGCUCUCCCCACCUCCUUACCCCAGACAAGCGGGGGCAUGUCCGGGGAGGGACACCGCUUAACCAGGGACAACUGACCAUUUAGUGGAGAGGCAAGAUUUUAACCCAGAUUGUCUUCCCGGCUGAGGAUUUACCUUAAGAGCAUGAAACCUUGA